ACGUCACUGGCCGGCGCCAGCAGGAAGGGCGCUGCGCGUCGCACGUGUCCGGAGGCGGCGGGCGGGCCCAUGGCGAGCUCGGCGGGGCUGGCACUGUGCGCCCAGACGCUGGUGGUGCGGGGAGGCAGCCGGUUCCUAGCCUUCUCCACUACGAGCAGUGAUGAUGGCUGCGUCUUCACAUUCGACUGCAGUACUGCAGAGAAGAAGGUCUCGCCAGAAGAGAAAGGGGAGGACGGACAGCCCACAGACAGGGGGAGUGACACGGUUCUGGCGUCCACCUUCUCCAAGUCUGGCCGCUAUUUUGCUUUAACAGAUGACAGUAAGCGUCUGAUUCUUUUCCGUACAAAGCCAUGGCAAUGUCUGAGUGUCAGGACGGUGGUGAGGAGGUGCACCGCCCUGACCUUCACAGCCGCAGAGGAUCGAGUCUUGGUGGCUGACAAGUCUGGAGACGUCUACUCCUUCUCAGUGUUGGAGCCGGAUGGAUGCGGCAGGCUGGAGCUUGGGCACCUCUCUAUGCUGCUAGACGUGGCCGUGAGUCCUGAUGACCAGUUUGUGCUCACCGCAGACCGGGAUGAGAAGAUCCGGGUCAGCUGGGCUGCCGCCCCACACAGCAUCGAGGCUUUCUGCCUGGGACACACAGAGUUUGUGAGCCGCAUCCUUGUCGUGCCCAGUCAUCCUGAGCUGCUGCUUUCUUCCUCUGGGGAUGGCACCCUGAGACUCUGGGAGUACAGAAGUGGUAGCCAGCUGCAGCGCUGUGACCUGGCCAGCCUACAGGAGCCUAGAGAGCAGCCAGGCCACAAGGGGUUGGCCGCAUCCAGGAUUGCAUUCUGGGGACAGGAGAGCUAUGUGGCGAUUCUGUGUGAGUGCGUUCCCGUGGUCUUCGUCUUCCAGCUUGAUGGCAGCAGACAGCGGCUGGUGUUCAGACAGCGCCUGACUUUCCCUCACCGAGUGUGGGAUGUUGGAUUUGAGGAGACUCGGGGGCUGUGGGUUCUACAGGACUGCCGUGACGCCCCCCUGGAGCUCUGGAGGCCCGUGGGCGGUGAGUGGCAGGCGGCUUCAGACACUGCUGCAUCCCAGAGACUCUGCAGCCAUCUCCGUGAGAGCUGGGCCAUGCUGGAAGGCUCUGUUGGUGUAGAUGACGGCUUCCGCAGCCUGUACAAGGCCACCUUUGACAACAUGACCUCUUACCUGAAGAGAAAGGAAGAGAGACUGCAGCAGCAGCAGAAGAGGCGGCAGAGGAGCCCCCUCCCAGGGUCCCCAGGACAGACCAAAAAGGCGUGCCUGGGGCAGUCAGCCCUUAGUUGCUGACCUUGGGCUCUCAUCCCUGAGGCCCCAUGGGCAGCUCUCUCAUCCCUUCUGCCUGGGAGGGAGAUCGUGGCGGCCCAGUCCCCAGCACAAGCUCAACAAUCUUUCUGGUCUCCAGAGACUGCCUUUGUCACUUAGCACAGGCUCCUGUCCAGGUUGCAGGGGAGACAGGCGGUGUUAGCUUAGCUAAUGAGUCGAUAGCUGUGUGGAAGCGCCUUCACAUUGAAGGAUACACUGACCCACAGCGCCACGCCCGUCUGCCUGUCAGUGCCCACAGUGACGUCCCCUGGGAUCUUCUGUAGGGAGGCCUGCAGGCGGGUCCUGCCUUCACAGCAUUGCCGGGAAGCUCUCUGCUGGAGCUCCGUAUGGCUCCGUAGCUGCUUGCUGGUGUGAGGCAGAUUCGGUUGGUGCUGUUUCUCUGUGACGAUGCACUCCUGUAGCCUCAGUCCGGGCUGAGCAGGCUGAGCAAGCAUCAGGGCUGUGUUGCCAGGCCGGCCUUGUUUUACAGGGAAUGAUGAUGGUCUUGUGGCUCUGUUGCUCUGAACUCUGCAUACGCUGCAGAGCAGAAGGGAAUGCACAGCAUCAAUAAAGACGAGCUUUGCAUAGCUUUCUGGAGUGUGGAGCAGCAGCCUCCAUAGCUGGUCUUCAGACAUUCAACGUGUGUGUGCUGUUCAGAUGGCUGGCUCUUGGUGGUUAGAGAGGGGUGUCAUCCUGCUCUGUCCACCCUUGUGUUGUGUCCCAGACCAGCUGCUGUGGAGACAGUUCUGGGCUGGGGAGAUGCUUGGCAGAAACCAGAGCUCAGUGCAGGUACCGCCCAUACAUAGAGAACAGAGGCAGGCCAUAGCCUAGCGCACCUAUAGCCCUACUGUUGGGGCCGCAGACUAAUGCCGCCCAAACAGUGACCUUUUAGGCUAAGAUCCUGUCUCGGAGGAAGACACCCAGUGUCAUCCUCUGGCCUCCACGUGGACAUGUGCACACAGUAGAAAAUGAGGCCACAAGCAGCUAUCACUUGAGUGGGUGAUAUUCACGACGCAGGGUACUCACCUCUGUUUAGGAGCUAAUGUCAUGUGCCAUGAACCCUGGGAUGUUUGGUCCCUGGAGAGAAGGAUGUGCAAACUAGGCUGUGGGGCGGGGUCUUGUGACCCGAGUUCUAAAUAAUUGGAGAUAAAUGGACAAUGUCUCAUGACCGUUUCAAGUCUGAGGGCCCAGGAAUGCAGCUUUGCAGAGACAGCGCAGUGUUCUCAGCCCUUUGGUCACAUGCUGCCAAUGGACCUGGCAGAGCCCGUGCCUGCGAAGCAACAGCCCCCACAGGGCCCUCAUGGCCCGAGGGUCAGUGCAAGGAACUGAAAGACCAAACUUGUGUGUUGCUGAGAGGCAUCUGUGGUCCCUGGUGUCUGGCUCAGAGGCUCUGAAAUGGCCACAGUCAGUGAUAGGGAGUCCUCAUGUCAAAGAAGAGAUGGUGCCUUCAUGAUGGAGUUAUUCCUAAGGUCCUGACGUGUCCCAGAGCCAAACAGCAGUGAGCAGCAGAUGCCCCACCCCCACAGCCCCAGUGCUGUCUCCACUUGUAAGGCCAUGGUGUUCAGGAUUGUUCCUACCCCACAGUGACACCAUUCCAUCUGUGGAUGGUGUUCCUGAGCCCACUUACCUGUGUGAAUGUGGCCAGUGGAAGCACUCAGUGGUGUGGGGUAGAGGACGGUGUUAGACCUCGGUGGCCUGGUGUCCUAGGCAGGCCGCAGCUGACUGGCCACAGGCUCUGCCUACCCUCUGGCUCUGGUUUUCCUGGCCCUGGGGCCAGCAGUGGCUCCUGGUCCCUUAGGCAUAGCUUCUGAGCCUCUGUCUUCGGUCCCACUUUCAGGGUCCUUAAGGCCUGUAGGCUGGGUACAUAGCAUUAUGUUUACAGGACCCUGCUAGCUAGUAGGCUAGUCCGCAUGCCUAUGCUUCAGGUUGUUCCAGAAAUUUCUUCCCUAGCAGGGUGUGUGGAGUCCCAUUUUUACUGGGGAUUUGUGCCUUAACUCGUUUUAGGCCGGUCUGAUCUAGGCCAUGAUUUCAACUGGUGUCAGGACGUCGUCUUCACCUCCGACAGCAGCUUCCCACUUCUGCUGCGAUGCCCUGCUGCCAGGGUCGAUCCCAUGAGGCUGUCCAUCAGUCUCUGAUAAGACACCAAGGCAGCCGGGCGGUGGUGGCACACGCCUUUAAUCCCAGCACUUGGGAGGCAGAGGCAGGCGGAUUUCUGAAUUCGAGGCCAGCCUGGUCUACAAAAUGAGUUCCAGGACAGCCAGGGCUACACAGAGAAACCCUGUCUCGGGGGGGAAAAAAAAAGACACCAAGGCAAUUUAUAUGAGAGAGAUUAACCGGCCUUACAGUUCCAGGGGGGCUAGGGGCUCACAUCUUCUACAAGCAGGAGGCAGGGCACACUGGGAAUGACACAUCUCGAACAAGGCCAUAGGUCUUAGUCCUUCUAAGCAUCACCACUGAGGUGCCAUUCCCAUCCAGACCAGUGCACAGCGCUCUCCUUUGUCAGUUUAGAUUUGGCCUCUGUACCCCCUCAUCCCCUGCCUCAUUAAACAUUUAUCUUCAUUCCUCA